UAAUGAUGCACCACAAAGCCCGCCAAAAUCGACGACGGCACCACACCAACAAAGACUAGCUCCAGCGACGAAGACUCCACAAACGACGGCUUCAGCAAAAUGCCAUCAACGAUGCACCACAAAGCCUACCAAAAUCGACGACAGCACUACACCAGCAAAGACUAGCUCCA